CACAUGGUUCGGAAGAGAGAGGACGCAGAGGUGGGACAGAACGAUCGCAGGGAGGAUAAAGUGCACAAAGGAGAGCUUCAGACACUCAGGAGAAUGACUUCUUUUGGGUCAGCAGAGCUUUCGGCUGCCUUCUGUUUAUUCUUUCAGCUCCUGAGCGAAGGACAGAGGAACACGGCGUUUCAAUGAAUAAAAAAAAUAAACAAACAAGAACAACAGAGGAACAAGAUUCCAGGACCUGGGAAACCGGAACGGGAUUCUAGAAACUGGAAAACUAGGACAAGUUUGUAGAAGCGGGUUGGAAAAAAUCAUCGGAAAACGCUUUGUAGACUCGGAUAGAGAGCGGAACAAGCUCCUAGAAGCCGGAGAACUGGAACGAGGUUCUAGAAGUGGAAAGAGAGCGGAACGAGCUUCCAGAAGCCGGAGAACUGGAAGGAGGUUCUAGAAGCAGGAGAACUGGAACGAGCUUCUAGAAGCCGGAGAACUGGAACGAGGUUCUAGAAGCCGGAGAAUUGGAACGAGCUUCUAGAAGUGGAAAGAGAGCGGAACGAGGUUCUAGAAGCCGGAGAACUGGAACGAGGUUCUAGAAGCAGGAGAACUGGAACGAGGUUCUAGAAGCAGGAGAACUGGAACGAGGUUCCAGAAGUGGAAAGAGAGGAGAAAAGGUUUCCAGAAGCAGUAAGACGGGAACCAAAUUCUAGAGACCAAAAAGACUGGAACUAGUUUCUAGAGCCAGAGAGAUAGUGGAAGAAGGUUCUAGAAUCUGAAAGAUGAUGAAGUAUGAUUCUCGAAGCGGAAAGAUUAGAAGAAAAUUCUAGAAACUAGAAGAUUGGAAAAAGACAGUGGAAGAAGAUUCUGGAAUCUGAACAACUGGAGAUUUUUUUCAUCCACAAUUUUGGAAAAAAGUGGAAAGGCAGCCGAAGGAGGUUCUAAUAGCAGAAAGACAGUGGAACACAUUUUUGGAAAAUUUACACCUCCGGACCUCAAACCACAAGUCGGAAUAUAAGGACCCUAAAGGAACAUGGAGAACGGAAAAACGGAAGGUGAAGUUGAUGAGCCCGAGUCACCGAACCCAGUUUUCUAGCGAGUAUCUUCACAGGUUUAGUUUUUGCAGAUGCAGAUGCACACAUGGAUGAUCCAGAUCUGCACAUGGUUCAGUUGCAGGCCCUGUGGGCGGAGCUUAAGGCAGGACUCAGGGGCGUGGUUCAGGAGAUCUCCGCCUUACAGCAGAGCAACAGCCGUUUGGAGGAGAAAGUGUCCGAGUGCCAGAGAGACACGACUGAGAAAAUCCUGUCUCUGAGAAAUACACUGAACACACUCCAGGAGGACACAGGCACUGCUCUGUCUCAGAUCUCUGAACUUAACAUCAGACAAAAAGAGCUACAGACAGAUCUGGACCUACUGCAGAGGACACAACACAGAAAAUUCUCGAGGGGGGAGGAGCUAGUGGAUGGCCACACCUCUCCCUGCAGCCAAACACAACUGAGGCUCAUUCAGCAUUACAUCAGCAGCCUGCUGACCAAUCAGAGUUCUGAGCAGGAUGCCAGCGAUUUCAGGACUCACCCUAAAGCUCCACUGUGGCGGGAAAGGAGAGAGAGCCGAGACCAAACAGAACAGAACAGCCAGGACAUGAGUCAAAGGCAGGUAGCUGCUCUGGAGCUGUUGGAGUCAGAGAGAGUGUACGUGUCAUAUCUGUCUCUGCUGCUGAAGGCCAAUAUCACCUACAAUGGCUGUGAAAACUCUAACCUCAAAGACAAACGGUUGUUCCCAUCCUCUUUACGAUUUUUGAUCCAGCAGCACCUGGAGCUGCUGCAUCUUCUGCAGGAACGUGUGCUCAAGAGUCACUGGCAAAGCAUCAUGGGAGAUGUGUUUCUGAGGCUUACCAGUAAAGAGAGUGAUUUUUUGGACAACUACACGUCCUAUCUAAAGGAGCUCCCCGAGUGCCUUUCAUCCGCCAGCUUGUUCUCAAAGCCGGUUGGCCUGCUGGAGGGUGACAUCACAGGAGAUGAGACAUGUCUAUCCCUACACACUCUUCUGCUCCAGCCGGUCCAGCGUAUCCCAGAAUACCUCAGGCUUUUACAGAGCCUCUUGCGUCAGACGGAAUCGGAGCAUCCAGAUUACUACCUGCUGCUUGUGUGUGUGCAGCAUCUCCAAUCCUUCACCACCCGGUACAGUAACCUCCUCCAGCACAACCAGGAGCUCCUCAAACACUCAUCCACCCACGGCCCGAGAGAACACACACACAACCUGCGCACACACCAGCCGGACCGGGUGACACACACACGCAAGGAAUUCAGCAGAUCUUCAGUAAAGCAGCUGUAUAAAGUGGAUUAUGAGAGUUCAUCAAAUUACAGUAGCACAAGUGCACCGAUUGAUCCGACCCAUGGUCAGAGCAGAAAGAAAGCAGCUGUCCGUCGUUACCCUGAUUGGGAGGCAGAGCCUAGUCGUUUUCACCCUGACAUUUCCUUUGCAUCCGACUCGGAAUCUCGUCACAAAGCCACGCCCACUCAACUCCACAGGAUUCCAGAGGCAGAAAGGGCGGGGUCGGCCCUGGCCGACGCAAUGGAGGCAUUCCUUCCAUACAAAGGCAGGGACUCUCGCUGUUCAAGUCGUUCCCAUUCUACUGACUCGAGCAUCGACAUUGCUUUUCUGAGCUGUAGCCCCUCCCUCAGUCCAGACAGUCAAUCACACAGCAGAGGGCGGAGCAGCGGCUGUGGGGUUUACAGGCCUGAUUCAGCCAGCGUGAUGAAGCCGGUACAACGGAAGAGCAAGUCGCUGAACGGCUUGCAGCUGGAAAGCAUCGACAGCCACCCCCACCCGGUCAGAAGUCCGGUCCACCCGAGGCUGGUGCGCCAAUCGAGCGCCAAAUCGAGGCUGAGGAAUAGCAGCCCAGAGCGGCAUCACGAGCCCAACCCGCACACCACCGCCGAGGAACUACACAAGGAUUCCGGACCUCCGAUAUGGGAGGAGUUCAACUGGAAGGGCGUGUCUGACGAAGGUGACCACACCCCUCUGAGCGAGCGUAGUAGCAGGAAGGAGGGCAAAGGUUUCCGGAGCUCCUUCAAAAAACUCUUUAAAAAGAAGUCUGGUGGCGAGAGCAAGGUGGAGAAAGCUGAAGGACAGAGCAGCAGUGAGCUGGAAUCUGGGAAGUCAAACAGAGCACGACAAACUGGAGAUAUCGACAGGGGAACUGCGGUCUAAACACAAACACACACACACACACACACACAAAUAGAUUCUAGUAGAAUUGUUUUGUGUGUAUGGUUAUGCACCAUCUCUCUCUCUCUCACACACUCCUUGUGUUGCUUCUUUAAUGCUUUCCUGAUAAUAUCCUUCACUAUCCUCCGAGAAUGCUAUUACCCACCCUUCAGUAACAUCCUAUAGAAGGAACAUCACACCCGUCCUGUACAUUCGACAGUACACGAUCACAUACAUCCACAUUUUGUCCAAAUAUCGAGCAAGUUACUACACACGACUAAACACAAACUAAACCCCAUCUGCCCGAACCGAUCCGAGUGCAUUAACAUGUGUUUCUGAAAAUAAUAACACGAAAUAACA